AUGGCAACCAUUACUCUCACCAGCUCCGAUGACGUGAAUGUCACUGUUGAACGUGCCGUUGCUGAGCGUUCCAUCCUCAUCAAGAACAUGCUUGAGGAUCUGGGUGAUUCCGGAGAAGCUAUUCCCAUUCCUAAUGUCAACGAGACCGUCCUUAAGAAAGUGAUUGAAUGGUGCGACCACCACAAGAAUGACCCCCCCACCGCCGGUGAUGAUGAUGACAGUCGCCGCAAGACUACCGAUAUCGAUGAGUGGGACCAGAAGUUCAUGCAGGUUGACCAGGAGAUGCUCUUCGAGGUUAUUUUGGCUGCCAACUACCUCGAUAUCAAGGCACUGUUGGAUGUUGGCUGCAAGACAGUUGCGAACAUGAUCAAGGGCAAGUCCCCCGAGGAGAUCCGCAAGACUUUCAACAUCCAGAAUGACUUCACCCCCGAGGAGGAAGAUCAGAUCCGCCGCGAGAACGAGUGGGCUGAGGACCGCUAA